UUUCCAUUGAUCGGCAGUUUGCCCUUCUGUUAGAGCUUGUACACUGAGAACAAUGUUUUAAUAUACAGUUACACCAGUGGCUUUCUUGUUUGUUCAUGCACGUCGCCUCUUUGCGGGUCAUCAGUUGGUCCCAACAGAAGUGGUUACAGUAUAAAUCCCUUCCCUAACGGUUUCUAAAACCAGAUAGGUAUACACAUCACGACACUUUUGACACUCUUCCCUGUCUUAAAGCGUGGGAAACAUUGUCUUACUUGCCAUAUUUUUAUGGUUGAGCUCUCUAAGGUGUUAAAUUAACUUCUCACAUAGAAGGGACCUACUUCUCUUUGAGAAGAGACAUUCACAAUGAAAAUUGUUUGCUUCUCGGAAAGUGGUGAAACAGAAUAUUGUGAACCUUCUGACAGUCCAUGUUGCAGUGUGUCAGGAGAAACCAUGGAGGAGCCCUGGGAGCUGACCAGUCUGAGGGAGGAGGAGUUGGAGGAGUUCUGUGUAUACAUCGUCCAUGACCGGCCAUGUGAGAGUGUUGUUGGUCCAAACAGAGCUCAAGCAUCUCUUCCAAGAAAUCUAACACUCAAACCUUCAGCAAUUAAUCCAAAUGAGCUUGGUGUUUGGAGUGUGGACUAUAUUCCACGGGGAACAAGAUUUGGACCACUUGUUGGACAACUGUUUGAAAAGGAAUCAAAAAUAAACAUCAAGAAGCACUGCAAACAUUUGUGGAAGGUUUUUCAGCAUAAUGAGGUGAAACAGUUUGUGGUGACAUCAGAUCCUGUGUUUAGCAACUGGAUGCACUAUGUCCAGCAAACAGUGGCUGAGACAGCUGGACAGCACAACUCUUUGGCUUGCCAACUGGACAGUAACAUUUACUUCUACACUGUCAAAUCAAUCCCAGCCAACUCAGAAAUUGUUGUCACCUACAGUCGUGAGUAUGCAGAGAGGAUAACUACACCACCAGUUAAAGAUGACGUCAUGUUGUCAUGGAAGCGCCAGUUGCUCGAGAGACAAGUUCCUCAUUCAUCUUCCUCAUUCCACCACUGUUUCUCUCAAAGCCAUGUGCUUACUGAUGAUGAAGAGUCAUCCCAGAGCAGGAAAGACAUGACUGCAUCAACUGAUACAAAUCACCACAUCUUAGAUUAUAGCAUGCACAAACGAGAUGGCAGUCCUAGUAAUUAUUUUGGGAAACAGGAACAAAGGAACAUUCCAGAAGAAUCAAUAUUGGAUGUUCAGGGAAAGACUUGGGGGAUGUCAGAUACCACAUCACAUUCAUCAUCAAUAAAAGAAACUGUUCCACCAGAAGCACAUCAGAGUACAUCUUCAAAAUGUGCUCUGAGUACACCAAAAAGAAAGAAUGGAAUUGAAAAAUUAAUCAUGAAGAAAAUGAUGGAAAGGGGACAAGAAGUUAAUGAAUCAGGCCCUAAAAGGGCUUUCUGUAUGGCUCAUCCCUUGUCAAGACAGACAGUGUUUAAGUUUACUGGAAAACAGAAUUAUGAAUCAAAAGAACCAUCAAAAUAUAUGUCCAAUGAAAAUGCAACUAUUAUGCCUCCUCCUCUACCAUUCAAGAUAAAUCCAUUCUUUCCAAAUAGUAUGAUGUUGGACAAGACCCUGGCGGCUUUCCAACCCCCAGUGAAACAAGGAGAUCCCUCUUACAAACUUUUUGGAAGUCCAAACAGAUCAAAUCUAGGAUCACCACUGUAUUAUCCAUCUUCCUCUCUUCCUGGCAUGUUCCAUCUGAACCAGUUAUAUCCAUUUCCAGCAUAUCCAGGGCUCCAAUCUUGGCCUCUAUACCCCCCAACAUUCCAACAUGCCUCUAUCCCAAAUCCUGUCACGGGUAACUUCCAAAAGCCAAGUACACAAUCUUUAAAUGAACAAGUACUUAACCUCAGUAAGCCUAAAUCUGAUCAAUUUGGGUUAAGGGGAUAUAGAACUCUCCCUUAUCCCUUGAAGAAAAAGGAUGGAAAGAUGCAUUACGAAUGUAAUGUUUGCUUUAAGACAUUUGGUCAGUUAUCUAAUCUUAAAGUUCAUUUGAGAACCCAUACAGGUGAGCGACCAUUUGUUUGUCAAACAUGUGGAAAGGGUUUUACUCAGUUGGCUCAUCUUCAAAAACACCACUUGGUACAUACAGGAGAGAAGCCCCAUGAAUGUCACACCUGUGGGAAGAGGUUCAGCAGUACAAGCAAUCUCAAGACCCACAUGAGACUUCAUAGUGGGGAAAAACCAUUUCAUUGCAAACACUGUCCCGCCAAAUUCACACAGUUUGUUCAUCUUAAACUCCACAGAAGAUUGCACACAAAUGAGAGACCCUAUGAGUGUCCUCAGUGCAACAGAAAAUAUAUCAGUGCCAGUGGGUUGAAAACACAUUGGAAGACUGGUAGUUGUGUUCCUGCAGGUACAGUAGCUGAUUACAACACUCUUGUUGAUGCUACCUUCUCUUUCACAAAGGAAAUGGAUAUCAGCAAAGAUUUUGUCUUCUCUCCUGUAACCAAUAUUGUAGAUGGACAGGAAGACAUAGAAGGUACCUAUCAGCAGCUAGGUAUUGGAAAUUGCAGCAGCAGUGAGGAUGACUUGGAAGCAGGAAAUGAUAUGGGACAGCACACAGAGGUGGGACAGCACACAGAGCUGGGGGAGAACAAAGAGACAGCUCUCAAACAAGGCACCCUUGAUUGUGAUAAGACACACAAUGCAGAUCAGGAAGCCUAAAAGACUGACAAACCAAAGGUUUUAAAGAUAAGGACGAGUAUAGUAUCACUAUUACAAUUAUGAAAGAGUAAUUCAAGUGAAUUACUUCAGCACAAAAGAAUAGUGUUCUCACAUGAAUAAAACAAGGCAAACAGAGAGAAAGGAGGUUCUAAUAUGUUGAAAUAAUAUAUUAGGUUCAGAAUGACAUGUUUCCACAUGACAUUAACUGUUGACAGAGGGAAAAAGUGAUAGAUAAGUAAAUGAUUGUUUAGUGAGACAAAAUUACUUUCAACACAAUAGGGUAGUUUACAAUCAGAUUAUAAUUCAACCUGAACAUUUCUAGAAUAUCACGCCAGAUUGGAAAGGUCAUACAAGGGUUAUUUGCUAUGGCGUCACAGCCGGCGAAACUUGAUUGCGCCGGCAAUGAAUUUGGCUCAGAAUAUUUUGGUACCAGUUAUGUGUCAAAAAUAUCUAAAGAGAGUUAUAUAUAAUCAGAUUUGGGUUAUAUUUUGCCUAUGGGGAUUGAAAAUGAAUCAUAUGUCCGAUGUAAGGGUGUAUCGGUCAGUGAGGAAGUCACCAUGGCUGAAAGUUAAAAGCGUGCACUACUUCGAAGCACUCAUGUCAAGCAGAGUAUAUUAUAUUGUCAACAUAUAGCAUGUCAAUAAUAUAUUAUUCAUCCGAGGGCGGGGUAACUAAAUUUUGUUUUUACUUUCCAUCGUAAGUGUAUGGAAGUACUGGAAACCGUAAACACAAGCACAAGUUACAAAUCAUGUGGAUAUCUAUAAAUAGAUUAUCAACAGUUACAUUGCCCACGUUUUCUGUCUGGUGCUCUAAGUAAAACCAAUAUAACAUGAAAGGCAUAGAGUCAGUGGGUCUUUUUAAUGAAUAAACAUAAAAGAAUAAUUGAUAAAAUCAAAGCAGUACAUUAUUUCCCCUCACUGCUACAUUGGUUUUUAUUAUAUAAUAAAUGAAUUAUAACAUAUCUUUUAUUUGGGCAUCUGGAACAUGGGGUUGGGCAUGUCACCAGGGAUAAAUCUAGACCUGCUAGAGGCUGAUUUUCUGCAUCAGAUGUCAGUAAACUUUCCCUCUUCAGUAAUUUUAACAUAUCUAUGACAUCCUAAAAUAACACAGAAUGUAAAGAAAUUAUAGGUUAUUAGUUUUUUCACAAUCUGAUUGACAAGGGCACUUAGUUUGGAAUUCUAAUUUUAGAGAAAAAUCCCUGGUCCCACUUCCAGAAUAUUGGACUUAAUGAACUGCCAGUGUUUAGAUACAUGUAUGCAUGGUAUGUGAGAACAGUGGAAAACAUUAAGAGGAUCCAAGAUAAAAUGAGCACCUGUAAUUACCAUGGCAAAUCAGUCGGAUCCAUGUUCCAGAAAAGGGGAACCUGUGAUGGCAAAAUUACAUGUAUCUGAAGACAGGGUCUGCGGUACUUCCCAUCAAUUAACUUGCAUUGAUAAAAUAAACAACACAAAUUAAAAUUCAUAUAUGAUCUUUCAUUCAAAAGAAUUGUCAUGAAUCCAAGAAUUAUUACUGUUAAAAUCUAAACUUGUAAAUUAAGUAAAACAAAUAUUUCAUAAGGAAGAGAAUUUAUGGAUGUCAACUUCUUUAUUAUCAGGAACACCAUAAAUGUUCUUCCUUAUGUGUAUCACUUCUAAAUGCCUUCAAAGACUUAAUCAACAAUAAGUUCAAAGCUUUAAUCAACAAAAUUACCUGUUGACAUCAAGACUAUUACUGAUUAAGAAGAAAUAAUUGUGUUAUUGCACCAGAAACCACAUGCCUGUAGGACAAAACACUAAAUAAUAUAUAUUUCAUUUUACAAGUCACAUGUGAAGUGACAAGUACUACUUAUGCAUGAAACAACAUACAUUUAAAUGCAAAUAUCAGGUAGCUAGACACCUGGAAUUCAUUAGAUAUUUUAACAUAUAUCCAAAGUAUUCUUCACAAAUGCUGGUGUGAACAUGAUUUUUCUUUUAAUAAUAAAAAUACACACAAACAGGGAUUCAGACCAGUUCCUUUUUGAGGACACUGACUGAUUGUCAUCCAUAAUGUCCUAAAGUUCUAAAAUUUGGCAGAGUCAUAUCACAAGAUAAAAAAAACAAAACAUGAAAAUGUCCUGAAGCCAGCAAAAUCACUGUGAAGUAAAUAUGAAGCUCAUUCUCAACAUAAUCAUAACCAAAACUUGAACAAUAUGUAAAUAACCAACAUCCUUAAUAAACACUAGCUCUUGCUCAGUUAUCAAACAUUGACAAUCUCAUCAAAUCAUGGUAAAGAAUUACAUUUUGGGUUAAAUACAUUUCAAUAUUCAUCACAGUUUUAUAUAAAAUGUAUUAAGAAUUAUAUAAUUUAUUCUAUAUCAGAAUUGAUCAGGCACUCUGGAUAAUGCUGAUCAGGGUGUAACAAAGAAAUACUGUCUUUGUUUUUACAUAUUUCUUUGUAUCUUGAAAUAACUUUCAUGUGUUAUGGUACUGGUAAUCACUUUCAACACUAUCUUUCUAAAAAAAUAUUAAUUAAAAAGAAAUAAUAUUAUGUCCUUUAGAAAGAGCCAAGAAGCUAAGUUUUAUGCCAGGUGGAUGUUGUACAAUCAAACAUUUAGUGUUUGUUAGUCCUGCUGUUAAAUCAUAUUAAUCUGACUUUUAUACUGUAUCAAUUACAUAACUGGUUUGAAUAGUUAUUAAUUACUUGAUCGGAUUAAUAUUCAUAUUAUUACUUCAUUAUGAUACUUUGAGUUCAUAAGAAAUCUUGCUAUCAUUUCCAGUAAAUUAAUUAAAAUGACUUGACACUUAUCAUCGUUUUUUACAGUUAUAUUGUUUCACUAAAAUGUACAUGUAUAUGCGUAAGCUUCCACUACCAGUGAAUAACUGAUGUUGCAAACAAUUCUAAACCAAUAAUUUUCUUAUAUUAACUGACAUAUUUUAUUUCAGUCUGUCAAAAUAUUUCAGUAAUUCACUUCCUUCUCACGAAAUGUUCCUCUUCUUUCUAACCUUGAAG